AUGGCGUUCAACUUCAACUGGUCGCCUUUGAUGGCAGACGCGGGUUUUUACACUCGUGCCCAAGAACUGCUUACAGCCGCCCUCAAUAAAUCGCCGAAACCUCCCAUCAUCGUCGAUGACAUUAUCGUGACCGAACUCAACUUGGGGUCUAUGCCCCCUGAUUUAGAAAUUCUGGAGAUCGGAGACCUUGCAGAGGAUCGCUUUCGCGGCAUUUUUAAGAUGUCUUAUUCCGGAGACGCCUUUUUGACCCUCAAGACCAGAGUCCAAGCGAACCCACUCAACACCUACUUGAUCACGCGCCCUUCUUUUGCAUCGCCGAAACCACUGGCAGCUGCUACCCCGCUCACCAUCCCUCUCCAAAUCACACUCUCCGAUUUCAAGCUCUCCGGCUUCGUCAUACUAGUUUUCUCGAAGCAAAAGGGCAUAACUGUCGUCUUUCGCAAUGAUCCCCUUGAAUCGCUCAAAGUCUCGUCAACAUUCGACUCUAUUCCAUUCGUGCGCGACUUCCUCCAGAAAGCGAUCGAAGCUCAAUUACGCAUACUGUUUAUGGAUGAACUGCCCGCAAUCAUUCAUCGGUUGUCGCUUCGCCUAUGGGUUCCGGAAUAUCGCGCAGGGGAGGAUGCACAGAACCAGACUGAGAAUACCAUCCAAGCGACCACCGAAGGUCCCGGCCAAGACCCGCUGGCGAGCCCACCACAGGACCCUGUCGACUCGCUUGGAAAUGCGCUGAACGAAUCCGAAAUUGCGUCUCUGUCCCUAGACUCAGUCGAGACCCAUUCCCUGUUCUCACAGAAAAACCUAUUGCGCCUCGCCGCCCUGACAGAUUCCCAACGCACCCUGUCGCUUUUCACACCUUCCAUUAAUGAGGUGGUGUACCGCGCCUGGACAUCUCCUUCUGAUCCCAGCGAGUUUCCUGCUAGCAUAGCAUCGCCUUUGAGUCCAACUCUGUCUCGAACCCAUUCGCAGGUCGGUAGCAUGUCGUCAUCUGUACAUGAGACCGGUAGCACCGUCUCCCUGCAAAGCCGACCAUCUAUAUCAAGCCAUUCGCUCAGUAGUUAUGGUCUCAGCUUGGGCGCGGGACGCCAUUCCAAGGCUCACUCUCGUAGACGAAAGAAGCGUGUGGUGGAUUUGCGUCGUCCCAAGACGACCGAUGACGCCAUGAGUGUUAGUGACGAUGGCAGCCAUGCCGAGUCCACCGGUCCUCAAUCAAUCGCCUCUGCGCCCUUGCCAGUUGUGAAUGAGCAGUCUGACGACCCUGUGACCCCACCAUUAUCUCCCGAGUCAGACUUCCACCUCCAGACAAUCCCCGAACGGGAUCGAAUGAGCAUUUCCCGACCAGCGCAUCCUCGGGCUACCAUGACACACGAGGAACCAUACGGCCAAGAGACAAUCCGCGCCUCCCAGGUCCAGGAUGUAGAUGCUACCCCUCGGCCCCUGCGACCCAGCUUCCACGACGAGAAGGCUGAAGCCGGUCCCUCCUCAGGUGCUGCUCGCCACCCUUUGCCUGCCACCGUGCUUCCAUUCACCAAAGAAGACGAGGAAGCCAAGGGAGACUCUGUUGACCCUCUUCUUGUUGAGCGACUAGCGGGUGAAAUUGCCCGUCGAAUGCGCGAAGACAAGCUGAUGAACAACACCUGCAGCAACUUCUGGGCUCGCUCUCAGGAUGAUGCACCCCCGGCCUAUGGCCAUUGA